CAACUUUGUUUCGUUACAGUAUAAAUUUAGUUAUAUUAAAAAAAUUGUAUUUUAUAUAUUUUAGGACACCUAGUUUGUGUAGUUGUGUGUAUGUUUUAUUAUUUUUAGUAUGCCAUACUCAAUCGUUCAUUUUCUUGAUGACGACACAGUUGAAACGGUCCCAGGACAUUGGGUGAACAAAAAACAUGGUACCUGUGCUUGGCCUAAAAAAAAUAAAACAGCUUCAAGGCUGAUUGAAAAAAAAUGUAUGCCUAAUGAAAUUGAAUUUGUUUAUUUAAAUAGCAGAGAAUUAUACAAAGGCAUUGAUUCAUUAGUUGAAGCUAAAAAUAAAGCUAUAAAAGCCAUGACCAUGACUGAUUUAUCAUCUGCAGAUGAAACAGUUAGAGUUGGAAGAAAACACCGAAAAGAAAUUAUGCAUUCUCCUACUUCAUCUACGAAUUCUUGCCCAUUGUUUUCAGAUUCUGAUAAUGAUGAUUUGGCAUAUAACAAAUCUAAGUUAAGUACAACUGCUAUGAUUAACUCUGAACAUUUAAGUGAUCGUUCUUCAUCGCCAACAGUUUUAAAAGUACCUUUAGCUGUUAUUAAUGAUAUUGAUUCAGAAAAAAAAUGUAUGUAUAAUACGGAUCCACCUGUAGUCAUGUGUCCAUCAGAUAAAACCAUCAAAUUGAUGAACAAUAGAAAAAACCAAAAUGGUUGGUCGCCAUUAAAGUUGGAUAAUCUAGCUAAAAAUUCUGAAGAUCCUAAUAGAGAGCCCCGCUCUAUGAAGCAAUGUUCAUCCAAACAAAAAUCUUCAAACGAAACUUUGAAACCAUUUAGUGAAAGACAAUUCAGUUACACUGAACCUUUAUCCUCAAAAAGAAGCAUUGAAUGUAUUGAUUCUGAAAAAAAAUUGAUGUUUAAUAAGAAUCCUAACUGUUCACCACCUGUAGUCAUGUGUCCAUCAGAUAAAACCAUCAAAUUAAUGAACAAUAGAAAAAACCAAAAUGGUUGGUCGCCAUUAAAGUUGGAUAAUCUAGCUAACAAUUAUGAAGAUACUAAUAGAGAGCCCCGCUCUAUGAAGCAGUGGUCAUCCAAACAAAAAUCUUCAAACGAAACUUUGAAACCAUUUAGUGAAAAACAAUUAAUUUACGCUGAACCUUUAUCCUCAAAAAGAAGCAUUGAAUAUAAUAGUGAGCCACUAUUGAAAAAAAAGCCACCGUCCAAUGAUACACCUGUACACAUGAGUUCUUUUGGUAGUAAACAACAAUGUGGUUCAUCAUUUUCAAAAAUAAAUGUCAAAAAUAACAAACAAGCUGUAGUGCGAGAAUUGUUUUACAGCUCAAAUAAGCUAGAUGAGUUAUGUGUCUCACAUUCCAAUUCUUCCGAUAAAGGAAAAAAAUAUGAUGUGGAACACCCUGGUUCAUCCCAUAGUGUUGUAGCAGAAGAUACUCCUCAACACUAUUCAAAUAAUUUUCAAAAGCAGGUAUUGCGCAUGCUAACAUACUUAACAAGCGAAGUAAGAAAUUUAGUAUCUGGACAAGAAGAAAUACUAAAAAAAAUUGAAAACGCAGCUGACAACAACUACAGUAAUUCUAAAACGUUAACCGAAAGUCUGUUCAAUGAUUUAACAGAUUGUCCAUUACCAAUUGACAACAUAAUAGAUCUCAAUACUCUUGAGGAUAAGAUCUCUGGGGACAAAAAUUUUCGUAACAAAUUGGUAAAUGAACUAUCUCGUACGGGCGGAAAAAAUUUAAAAUUAAUGGUAAAAAGAAUUAUGAACAAAUUAUUUGCUGAUGAACUUAUGUCUCAAUUUUCUUUUACCGGAAAGAAAGGAAAAAACAAAUUCAACAAUUUGUUUGUAUGCGCUGUUAUUUUUGAUUCUAUUAAAAAAAAGCAACAAAUUAUGCAAGGCAGCAUCAAUAGAUGAGAUUGAAGAAAGAAUUAAAUAUAACUUGGCGCAAGCACCAUUCAAUAAGAAAAAUAAAAAUAGUAGAUCAUUAAACAAUAAUGUUGGAUAACAGCUAGUAUUCAAAAACGAAGAGAUUUUUUUAUAUAAUUUGGUUCAGAUUAAAAUACUAAUUAAUGUAUUUUUUUUUUUUUUUUAAUAAAGAUAUUAACAAUAAGAGUAUGCGUACUACAUUCAAUAAAAUAUAUAUUCUUCUCACUUA